UUUACCAUCAUUCCAUCGUCCAAAUUCUAUAUGUUCCUUCGUGCCGAAGGAUUUGGAAAUAUUUCUUCUAGUCAUUACGAUCACAACAAUCUGCUUCGACACUCCGCGCAGCCUCCGCUAUCGCCUCAGUGGGUGUUCAAAGUUUUUACGAAGUUGAAGACUUGGCUAAAGGGUUUUUGGUUACACAAUGAAACAAAGACGACUGAACUCCAAAUUUGCACUUAGGAAGUGUAAAGGGAGGAGUAAUCACUCUGAAGAUCGGAUCAGUCAGUUGCCGGAUGAAAUUCUUAUUUGCAUCCUCUCUUGCUUGCCAAUGAAAGAGGCGGCAAGAACUAGUGUAGUCUCAAGUAGAUGGAAAGAGUUGUGGACAUAUACAACUGGUACUUUUAAUUUUGAGGCUUUGAAGUUAUUGCGGAAACUUUGAAGGAAAGGAAAUUGGAAAAUAUUAGGGGUGGAGAGGGCUAACUAUAUAAGUUGGGUGAAUCGGGUCUUGAACUCACACAAGGGUGCAACCCUGGAUGAAUUCAGAAUUCACUUUGAUUUGGAUUCUAGUUCUACAUCUGAUAUUGAUAAUUGGGUUCACUUUGCAAUGGAGAAGAGAGUUCAAAGGCUUGAGUUGAAUCUUAAACGAUUACAUAGUAAUAUUCCGGAAGGGCAUUACAAUUUAUCAUCUAUGCGGUCCCUGGAUUUUUCGAGACUUGAAUCACUAACUGCAAUCCGUUUCACGUAUGUGGAUGUGACUGCAGAAUGCCUUGAAUGUUUUUUAGCAAGCUGUCCAUUUCUUGAAGAAGUAUCUGUUGAUAACUCGGCUUGUCUAGUCAAUGUUAAAGUUUAUGGUCAAUCGCUCAAGCAUUUGAAAAUAGCGUACUGUUGGUUUUUGGAAGACAUUGAGAUUUCUGCGAAAAGUCUGGUGUCACUUGAAUAUUUUGGUCACCAAAUAAACUUGUGUUUCAAGAGUGCAUGCCAUCUUUCUAAACUAAACCUGGGGGGUCAGUUUUGCAAGUUUAUGAAAUUUUCCCAGUUUUCAAGCUAUACCUCUCAGCUGCAAACACUUGUAUUGAAGUUGGAUUACGAGGUAUUUGAUAACUUCCCCAAAUUUCCUGAAUUAAGGAAUCUAAAGCAUUUGACAUUGAAGGUGUAUCCAUACCGUAUCAGGAGCUUCCUUCCUUGCAUUUCUCUCAUAGAGGCAGCUCCUUGUUUGUAUAGAUUUUGUCUCGAGGUUUUUUAUGGGAAUAUUGAUUGUCCUGGCCGCUACUCUUUGCAAGGGAAGGUGGUACAAGGAAGGGCUGAGAAACGUCUGCUCAAAUGUCCCAAGGUGGUAGAAUUGGUUGGAUUUACUGGCUGUGAGGUUGAUGUUGAGCUCGCCAUGUACUUAUUUGAGAAUUUUGUCUCGCUAGAGAAGAUAAAUAUUGAUACACGCCCACCGUAUUUGAUAGGAGCUGAAAAUGAGAAUGUGGAAGAUGAGAAUCGACUAGCGGCGAAAAUGUGUGCUAUGGGACUGCAAUCAAAAUUACCUCGAGGGGUUGAACUAAUGAUAAUAUGAAGAUUUUGUGGAGGGCUGCCCAUGUAACAUUAGAUGGCAAUUUGUGCUUUGUAAUAUUUAAUUAAAGAUGUAAUGCUACAAUGUCUGGGUUUAAAAUAGAGGACAGGCCCCUCUUUUAACUGUUGUGAUGUUGUAUGUUGGAAAAAUGAUGAGAAGUUGUUAUAACUUGUAUAUCAUGUGUAAUAAAGUAUUUGAAAAAUCAUUUUUCAUUUAAAUAGGUAAGCAACUCGCACACUUUGUGUUCCAA